AUGCUUUUCAACACUCAAGGGGCCCUCGCGGUGUCUAGUGUGCUACUGGCAGCCACCUCGGCAGUUGCAAAAGACUUCAAGGUGCUUCCUCGUGGCUCACCAUUAGGGACACUCCAGGGCUGCUACUCCGCUAUUCCUGGAUAUGGAAAGUCAACGAGCUGGACGUUCCAGAGUUCCGGAUGGUGUCUGGACCACUGUGCCAAGGACUACGCGACAUUUGCUUUGACAAAAGGCACUGACUGCGUGUGUGGUAAUACAAUGCCACCAGCCAGUGACAAGGUUUCGAGCGACAAAUGUAGCACAUCGUGCAGUGGCUGGCCCGAUGAUAUGUGCGGUAGUACCAACUACUAUUCUGUCUAUACCACAAAUUUGUUAGACGAGGUGCCCACAUACUCCGACCCUGACUCCAACACCAAAUCCACCACAACCACUACCAAAAGCAGUAGCGACAGCAAAACUACGACGCAAGCUGACGAGUCUACCACAACUACUGCCACCAGUGCCGGUGAAAUAAUAACAGAGACAGCGACAUCUCAGCCCACCUCGAGCAGUGUCCCUCAAAACGAUAUCGAGGAACAGACCUCGAAGAGCAAGAACACUGCCGCGAUUGCGGCCGGAGUCGUGAUCGGAGUGGUUGGAUUAGCUGCUCUCUGCGGUGCUAUCUUCUUCUGGUGGCGAUCCAAGAAUAACAAGACCAGUGCUGCAGCUGGGGCCUCUGGCGGCUUUGGCCGUGACUCUGGCCCGCCCUCGAUGUCCGAUUCUCGGUUCGAUGGCGACUACAUGGCUCAGCGCCGCCAAAGCAAUGGCAGCAUUGAUGACGACCAUGACUUCUCUCGCCGGAUCUUGCAGGUGACGAACCCCGAUCGCUAA